AUGCAGAUACGCCAGCGUUCGAGGCAACCUUAUAUGAAGCGUACUGUCAAUCAGAUUCAAAUUUCAAGAAAUGAAAUGGACAAUUAUUUGAAUGCAGCUUUGCACGUUGUGUUUAGUGCGGGCUAUCGAGCUGUCGCUCCCUGCCUCGCCCUCGCCCCGCCCUCCUGCGGCCCUCCUCCUCGCCACCCCUCGCACUUCGCUGCUUCGCCCUCCGCUCCCCCGCUGCACAAGGCACAAGAAGAAGAAGAAGAAGAAACGGCUUCGGCGCAAGACGGCAGCACCGACGAAAUGUCGUUUAGCUUGGGUGGGAACUUGGCAGUUUUGGAAAUGCCGCGCCCGCAACCAUAG